GGAACAAAGCAUAAGUAUACAACUCAAAAGCUUUUCCGUACUAUCUCAACAUCGCCCUCCUCUCACUCCAAGACUUCCACGAAGAGACAAAUCCAGGAACCAUAACAAAAUGGCAGACCCCUCGCUGUACACCUACCCAGAUCCUCUGGAGGGCUACGAGAACCGCGAACCACUCUCAGACGACCGCAACCCCGACGGAAAAUCCCUCCUCAACCCAACCCCCACAACAAAAAGAAGCCCCGCCUACACAACCUUCCCCCCUCCCCUCUCCAACACCACCCGCGGCGGUUUCGACAUCCACAUCUACUACCUCCCCUCCUCCCCCUUCCAAACCACCUUCGCCCGCAACCUGCACUCCCGAAUCCGCUACGAAUUCCCCGAACUACGCAUCUAUCCCAUUUUCGACCGACCCAUAGGACCUCAUACAACUGCAAUGUUCGAAGUAAAUUUAUUCACGCCGGAGCAAUUUGGAGCUUUUGUGCCUUGGUUGGUAAUCAAUAGGGGUCCGUUGAGUGCGCUUUUGCAUCCUAAUACGGGGGAAGGGUUGGAGCAGGAGAGGGAUCAUACGCAGAGGGCGACGUGGUUGGGGCAGGCUUGGCCGUUGGAGGCUUGGGUUUUGAGACGGGUGGAUGAGGAGAGGAGGAGGAAGAAAUUGGAGGAGGAGGAGGGGAAUGGGGUGAAGGGGAAGGAGGAAGUGUAG